AUGGCCUUUUUCAACCCACCCGCUGUCGCUCCUUAUACUGACGAAGUUAAUACCGGCUACAAUGCUCGCAUGCAUUCAAAACUAGCGGAAAGAGAAGGAUUUCAUCUUGGAAAUGGUUCUGAUGAACCACGAACUUUAUAUGUUGGGAACCUUGAUCCAUCAGUCAGUGAAGACUUGAUAGCUACAUUAUUCAAUCAGAUAGGCUCAGUUACGAAGACGAAAGUCAUAUUCGACGGUGCGAAUGAUCCAUACGCGUUCGUUGAGUUCUUGGAUCACAGUCAAGCUUCGCAAGCUCUACAAACAAUGAACAAGAGACUUCUUCUUGAUAGAGAAAUGAAAGUAAAUUGGGCAGUUGAGCCGGGACAACAACCAUCGAAAGUAGAUACCACGAGACAUUUUCAUGUGUUUGUCGGAGAUCUUUCAUCAGAAGUUGACAACCAGAAACUCCGUGAAGCUUUCCAACCAUUUGGAGAUGUCUCUGAUGCUAAAGUUAUUCGUGAUACAAACACUACAAAAUCUAAAGGUUACGGAUUUGUCUCAUAUCCGAAGAGAGAGGAGGCUGAGCGCGCCAUUGAACAGAUGAACGGACAAUGGCUCGGUAGAAGAACGAUUCGUACCAAUUGGGCUACAAGAAAGCCUGGAGAUCAAGAAAAACCAACUCAUUACAAUGAGAAGUCGUAUGACGAGAUCUACAACCAAACAUCAGGAGAUAAUACUUCAGUCUAUGUUGGAAAUAUUGCUAAUCUCUCAGAAGAUGAGAUUCGUCAGGCUUUCGCCAGCUACGGUCGAAUUUCGGAAGUUCGUAUUUUCAAAAUGCAAGGAUAUGCUUUUGUGAAAUUUGACAACAAGGAUGCGGCUGCGAAGGCCAUCGUUCAGAUGAACAAUCAAGAAGUCGGGGGACAGCUCGUUCGUUGUAGCUGGGGAAAAACUGGCGACACUGGAAAGGCAGCAGGAGGAUCAUAUGGCUAUGGUUAUGGAGGUCCAUCGGCUGGCGGGAACUCCCAAUCCUAUCAAGGUUAUGGUGGAGGCGGAUACGGUGCAGGUCAUCAAGGAGGCCACGGCGGGUCGUCGCAGCAACAAUCAAACGCUAAUAAUCAAUACUGGCAAUAUUAUGCACAGUAUUAUAAUAACCCCCAGCUAAUGCAACAAUGGUCAAAUUAUUGGCAACAACAAGGAGGAGCUCCACAGCAACAGAAUGCCGGAAGCCAACAAUAG